CAAUUUCAGCGAGUUUCUGCCUUGGUUCAUCUUUCCAUUGCGGAACCUGCACCCCACGUUCUCUCACAGUCUCACCCAUCAAACCUUAAACAUACGCAAUUCUUCAUCAUCUACAACGUUAAACAUUCAUUAACCCCAUCAGCACCACACUAAUCUUCUCCCUCUGAUCUUUUUGGGUCUUUUCUGAUCCCACCAUUUUCAGGCCUGCUUGAAUCGCAGAGUAGAUGGUUCGGGCGGUUGGAAAUGCCAAAGAUGAGCAAGCAUCGGAUAUGGAGCUAAUGAAGGAGAGGUUUGCAAAAUUGCUCCUUGGCGAGGAUAUGUCAGGCGGUGGAAAGGGUGUUUCGUCUGCAUUAGCGCUGUCAAAUGCGAUCACAAAUACAGCAGCUUCUGUUUUUGGGGAAAUAAAGAAAUUAGAACCAAUGGCAGCAGAAAGGAAAGAGAGGUGGAGAAAAGAAAUCAAUUGGCUUUUAUCUGUCACUGAUCACAUUGUUGAAUUCGUUCCUUCCAACCAAACAUCAAAAGAUGGAACAAUCUUGGAGAUUAUGGUAACCAAGCAAAGAGCUGAUCUCCAAAUGAAUAUUCCAGCACUCCGCAAGUUAGACUCGAUGCUCAUUGAUUGCUUAGAUACCUUCAAGGAUCAAAAUGAGUUCUUCUAUGAUAAUACAUCAACAAAGGAUGAUGGUGGUGGUGGUGUACAUAAAGGCAAAAACAGCAGGAAAGAUGACAAAUGGUGGAUACCAACUCCUAAGGUCCCUCCAAAUGGAUUGCCUGAUUCUGCAAGGAAAUGGUUACAGUCUCAAAAGGAUUCUGUCAACCAAGUUCUCAAAGCCGCAAUGGCCAUAAAUUCUCAAGUUCUUUCUGAGAUGGAAAUCCCAGAGAGUUAUAUAGAUUCUCUACCAAAGAAUGGGAGAGCAACCCUUGGGGACUCAAUAUACAAGAGCAUCACAGAUGAUUAUUUUGAUCCAGAUUAUUUUCUGUCAACAAUGGGGUUGGCUUCAGAACAUAAAAUCUUAGAGCUUAAAAACAAGAUUGAAGCCUCAAUAGUGAUAUGGAGGCGGAAGAUGAGCACCAAAACAGAAAAGUCAACCUGGGGUUCAGCCGUCAGUAUGGAAAAGAGAGAGUUGUUUGAAGAAAGGGCAGAAACUAUUUUGCUCAUUCUCAAGCACCGCUACCCAGGAAUUCCUCAAUCUUCACUCGACAUCAGCAAAAUCCAGUACAACAAAGAUGUUGGGCAAGCAGUACUCGAAAGCUAUUCAAGAGUGAUUGAGAGCUUGGCUUACACAAUCUUGUCAAGAAUACAAGAUGUUUUACAGGCAGAUAUCGUUGCUCAAAGUAACUAUGCCAAAGAAACAAAGAGGAAUGUUCUGAAAGAAGGUAAAUAUGCCAAUGAAGAGACGCCUACAUCAAUGACAUUGUGGGACUUCAUGGGUUGGGCGCCAUUGGACCAAGGAGGGGUUGGUUUAAAUAAGGACGGCUUGAUGAGUGUAAAGGACACAAAGUUCCCAAGCAAACCAUAUGGCAUAUUGCCCAUCAAGAAAACUUCCUACGUUGAGAGCAUAGCGGGCUCUCGAAGUCCAACAGCACGGCACUAAAUACUUCACCAUGGAUUAACAACUUGGUCUCAUGUGUAAAUAUUAAGAUGAAUACUCGCCUCAUAGAGUAUGGCUAAGUAGCCAUACAUAUUAUAAUGUGGAAGAGUAUGUCUCACAUUAGCUAAAUAUAAAAUACAAACCAAUAUGUUGUUAACUUUGAUGUGAUAAUAUACUUUUCUUCCUUUUUUUUGAUGUUAACAAGUAAUGUACCUCUAAUGAUUCCUCAAGUGAAAGUGUGCACUGACUAACACCUA